UCAACAUGGGCCGCGUCCGCACCAAGACCGUGAAGAAGGCGGCCCGGGUCAUCAUCGAGAAGUACUACACGUGCCUGGGCAAUGACUUCCACAACAACAAGCGCGUGUGCAAGGAGAUCGCUAUCAUCCCCAGCAAGAAGCUCCACAACAAGAUAGCCGGCUAUGUCACGCAUCUGAUGAAGAGGAUUCAGAGAGGCCCUGUCAGGGGUAUCUCUAUCAAACUGCAGGAGGAAGAGCGAGAAAGGAGGGAUAAUUACGUCCCUGAGGUCUCAGCCCUGGAUCAGGAGAUCAUUGAGGUAGAUCCUGACACCAAGGAGAUGCUGAAGCUUCUGGACUUCGGCAGUCUCUCCAACCUGCAGGUCACUCAGCCUACAGUGGGGAUGAAUUUCAAAACACCGCGUGGAGCCGUUUGAGUCUGUUCUGUCAUUUUCAAUAAAUCUGAAAAUAA